CACACCAUGGCACGUAGGACUCCCGAGGUUGUUCCGACCAAGUCGGAAUGCCGCUGCCGCCGUCAUGACUAGUCGACGCGUGACGUUGUGCCGUCGCAGACUCGCGAACCCAAUGUGCGGUGCGGCGACUGCGUACGUCGUGAAUGGAGCCGGCACCCGAGUACGGCUCCGCAAUCUCCGUGACACUGCGGAAUCGACGCACGCAAUCCUACCGAGAACACCACUACACUUUCCCACACGUGCCUUGUCCACCUUUUUCUUCCACCCAAACAUGGUGUCUCUGUAUUCACGAUCGUUCUCAUCAGUAUCGUCGUCGUCGUUAUCAUCGUUGGCAACUUCAUCUCCUUCCGCGUCGCCCGGACAUUCACCAAAGCGAGAGCCAGAGGUGGAGCAGAGAUCUCAGCGACCCCAGCAACCAACAACUCUCUGCCAGCGACUGCAAACUUGGAGAGGAAAAUUCUCCCUCGAUAUAAGUCACGACCAGAAACCUUUAAACUCGCUCUUGGACGAGAUCAAUCAAUGGUCCAAAGGAUUGUCGAAAGCCAACACGCAACGCGACACCUCGCUGCGUUUGGUCGUCCACGAAUUGGAUGUUUUGGUUCGUGCACUCGUGCAACACAAGGAUCCCCAUGCCCCCGUGACGCAACACGCCUUACACACGGCACUGUCUUUGUACGCGAAACAACAAGCACACACGCCCGCAUCACCGGAGCCCUCCCAACGAGCGCUCGCACUUUUUCAAUGCCUACAAAUCCCCUGGUCGUCCAUUGGCCCGCGGGAACGCAACGUCCUUAUUCGACAACGUCGACAGCAGUAUCAAGCGGUGUUGCUCGCUAUUCGACACUGCCGAGAAGCAUCGCAAGCUCCCGAUCCCGAGCAUGUGUGGAACAAACUAACGGAAGAAGCGACACGCUUUCGUUUAUACAAUUUGAUCACCACGAACGGCUUCAAUAUGGUCGUGGCCGGGAUGCACCGCAAUCCCAACCGGGCGCGACACUUUUGGGAUACGCAGUUGGGGCGGUACGGACUCACCGCCAACGCGGGUACCUACGACGCACUCGUGUCCGUCUACCAAAAUCAGCGCCACCAAGGGAACUGGCAAGCCGCCCGCCAAGUGUGGCUGGACAAUUGGCGGGCCUACAUCGCUACGCCCCAACCGGAGUUACGACCCAUGCCCGUCACACUUUCGCGUGUACUCGGGCUCGCGCGGGACAAACCCUGGCAGGCCCGUAAUAUGCUCCACGAAGCCUUGCACUUACAAUCGCAAUUACCUUUUGGCCGCAGAAAUAUUCCUAUGGUAGAUAGCGGCUGCGUUCUGCAUGUACUGAAUGCUCUGGUCCAAGCUCGUCUUGUUGUCGAGGCGGAACAACUCUUGGAAGACGUGCAACAUCGGUACUAUAACGAGGGCGCAACGGAGCUCCAGCUCAAUCCUAAACAUUUCGUGGUUUUGCUGUCGGGGUAUACCCAAGACUUGACCAUUCAAGGAUUGACACGAGCAGAAGCCUUUUUAAAAACUAUUGAGAAGCAAUUUCUCUUGCAUCCAAGCCAACGGAUGGACGCACCUUCUGUCUCGGAACCAUUCGACCAGACUGCCUACAACAUUAUGGCAACAGCAUACUUGAACGCCAACCGACAAGAUGCCGUUUCUCAAACUGAACGACUCAUGGAACGCAUGAGCAAUCACGCGGGCACUUUCCAAAACUGCCACUUGUAUCCGGAUCGUAUCACAUACUCAAUUCUGAUGCGAGCGCUUGUGCAAGAGCGAAAAUUAGGCUUCCAUCACAAGGUAGAGUGUUUAUUGCUUACGAUGCUGGACGAUCUGAAUACGUCAAGGCAGCCUGACGUUGCAACUUUUAUGGUUGCGCUGGAAGCUUGGUACCGGAGUGACGAUCCUAAUGCGAUUCAAGGGGCAGAAAGAUUGUUUCGUAGGAUAAUUUUCCCUGUUACCCGCUGCUACAACUUUCUUUUAAAAUUUUACGUGAGGGAUGGGUUAGGGGACAAGGCGGAAGCCAUUCUCAAGGAAAUGAAGGACGGGAAGAAGCCGGAGUGUGUUCCCGACAAGUAUACUUACUGGGCGGUCCUGCAAACCUGGCGUAACUCCUCACAUCCGGAACGCUUUGACCGUGCGAAGCGAAUUUUCAAGUUAUUGCUCUCCCUUUCGGAAAGCACAUGGAACGACGUUGCGUUGACGAUAUUGCUUUCGACACUGGCGUCGACAGAGGUCCCUGCCAACAAGAAUCGCGAAGCGCAGGAACUAUUGGAUCUUAAUGAACAGACGCUUCGUCACUCAUGUGGUUCAUGUGGUGAGCCUCUUUCUUGGAGUGUUCCAGUGGUGAUUGCCUUCAUUAGAGCUUGUGGCGAGACAAAAGGUAGUGAAGACGAUUUCCGCGAAGCCCUGCGCAAUAUAUACGACAAAGAAAAGCUGCUUGGUGGUAAGGCUACACCCGAAGUGUACGCGGCGGUUUUAGACGCGUGCUCGAAACUGAGUGUCGAUCCCGUACAGCUUGGCCAGGAAGUCUGCUUCAUCUUUGAGCAGUGUAUAAAGCAUGGACUCGUUAGCUAUCCUCUAUUGAAUGCGCUCCGACGAGUGGCAAAGCCGGAUAUAUACCUGUACCUCACUUUACAGGACAGCAAGAAUGCGCCAGACAUGGAGAAUAUCCCAGAUGAGUGGAAAAAGAAUGUUGUCGCUACAGUCACACCCUAA